GAAAGCUCAUCGACAAGCUCGAGAGAGAGAGAGAGAGAGGUGUUAACCGGGUGUCUUCCUUGAUAUUAUUUGGUUACAGUUAGGACCCCGCUGUAGAUGGAGUUCGCAGGAGGAAGCGGCGCCAGGAGGGUGCGGUUGCAAGGUCCGAAGCCGGCGGAGUUAGCGGUGAGCAAGGAGUCGGCCAAGAUCAAGAAGAAGGUUCGAGCGACGAGCCCUUCGGCUCCGGUCAUAGUGUACUUGAGGUCGCCGAAGGUUAUACACGUGAGGCCCGAGGAGUUCAUGGAUUUGGUGCAGAGGCUGACUGGAAAGAAUAACCAAGUGGCGAAGGCGGUGCCAUCAUCGGAUGUCUCUUCGUCUUCUUCUUUGUCGUGGCUGUCCUUGCCGUCCCCGUCGUCUAGUAUCGAGUACAUUUGUAGGUAGAGAGAAGGCAUUGCCGGCAUGCAGCUUUCGGCUUCGAAAUGUGUCGUUUUGUGCUAACACAAUGUA